UGUCUGACAGCUCUUGUUUCGCUGUUCUGGAGAGAGAGAAUAAGCUGGGCACGAUGAAAGCUGCAUGCUGGGCAUAUAUAUUGCUGCUCCUUGGUAUUACUGGAACUUGUGCUGCCAGUAUCUGCUCCACGCGAGGUGUGACUUCUUGCCAGCAAUGUCUGUCUAUCAGUCCACUAUGUGCCUGGUGUGCACAAGAGGAUUUUGGGAAAGGAGCUCCACGUUGUGACCUCAUGUCAACUCUGAAAACCACCUGCAAUCCCGAAUACAUUGAAUAUCCCACCAGUGAUAUUUUUAUAAAAGAAAAACGUCAACUAAGUGAUAAGGGGACACACUCCCAAGAGAUCACUCAAAUGAGUCCUCAGAAGAUAGAGCUGUUUUUGAGACCAGACGAUACCAAGGUUUUUACAGUGCAGGUGAGACAAGUAGAGGACUAUCCUGUUGACAUCUACUAUCUGAUGGAUCUCUCCAACUCUAUGAAGGAUGAUUUGAAAAAGUUACAGACACUGGGAACAGACCUGGCAGAAAAAAUGCGUAGAGUAACCAGCAACUUACGCAUUGGUUUUGGUGCUUUCGUAGACAAGCCCAUGUCACCUUACACAUUCAUGUCACCUCCUGAAGUCAUUAGUAACCCCUGCCUGCAAAUUGGUUCAGUUUGCUUGCCCACUUUCGGAUAUAAGCAUGUAUUGGGUCUUACAGAUAAAAUGAAUGAGUUUAAUGAAAACGUUCAGAAACAACAAGUCUCUAGGAACCGUGAUGCUCCAGAAGGAGGAUUUGAUGCAAUUCUGCAGGCUGCUGUGUGCGAUGAAAAGAUUGGCUGGAGGAAUGAGUCUUCACAUUUGUUGGUGUUCACCACGGAUGCUUGGACCCAUGUUGCACUUGAUGGGCGCUUGGCUGGUAUUGUCAAACCCAAUGAUGGGCAGUGCCACCUUGGAUCUGAUAAUCUGUACUCAGAAUCCACCACCCAAGAUUACCCAUCCCUUGGUUUAAUGACAGAAAAGUUAUCCCAGAAGAACAUUAAUUUAGUGUUUGCUGUCACUGAGUCAGUGAAGGAACUUUACAAGAAAUACGGUGAACUGAUCCCUGGAACCACAGUGGGAACCUUAUCUAAUGACUCCAGCAAUGUUAUCCAACUCAUUGUGGAUUCUUAUGAGAAGAUCCGCUCUAGGGUGGAGCUUGAAGUCCGAGAUCUGCCUGAGGAGCUGUCCCUUUCAUUUAAUGCUUCCUGCACUAACAAUGAAGUGACCCCGGGCCUAAAGACCUGUUCUGGUCUUAGUAUUGGAGACACAGUGAGCUUCUCAAUUGAGGCCAAAGCACGUAGUUGUCCAGCCCAGCGGACAAAGACUUUCACAAUAAAACCAGUUGGAUUUAAGGAUACCCUAAGUGUCACUGUGACAUUCCUAUGUGACUGCCACUGUCAGAUUGAUGACAUCCCUAGAAGUGACAUGUGUAACUUUGGAAAUGGAACCUUUAGCUGUGGAACCUGUUUGUGCUACCCUGGUUGGUUAGGACCUCACUGUGAGUGCUCAGAGGCGGAAUACAGCCCCUCACAACAGGACCGUUGCAGUCCAAAGGAGGGAGUAGCUCCCUGCCAUCGCAGGGGUGAAUGCGUGUGUGGACAAUGUGUGUGUCAUUCUUAUGACUUUGGCAAGGUCUGGGGACAAUACUGUGAAUGUGAUGACUUUUCUUGUCAACGCUACAAGGGAGAGAUGUGCUCAGGGCACGGUCAAUGUAACUGUGGUGACUGCAUCUGUGAGUCAGAUUGGACAGGAGAUUACUGCAACUGUACAACUCGGACAGAUACCUGCAUGUCAAGCAGUGGCCUGCUGUGUAGUGGGCGUGGGCAGUGCAUAUGUGGGAAGUGUGACUGCACCCAACCUGGCUCGUAUGGUGACACCUGUGAGAAAUGCCCUACCUGCCCCGAUUCUUGCACCAUUAAAAAAGGCUGCGUGGAGUGUAAGAAGUUUAAUCGUGGCCCCUGGUUUGAGGAUUCUUCUUGCAGCCGGAUUUGCCGUGAUAUUAUUGAGUCUGUAGAUGAGCUGGGAGACAAAGACAAGAAUGCUGUAAACUGCACUUAUAAGGAUGAAAAUGACUGUGUAGUCCGAUUCCAGUAUCAUGAGGACUCAAGCGGCAAAUCUGUGUUAUACGUCAUUAAUGAGGCUGAGUGCCCACAAGGACCUGACAUCCUAUUGGUUCUCAUGUCAGUCAUGGCUGCCAUAUUGGUUGUGGGGUUGGUGGCACUGCUCAUCUGGAAGCUACUGAUAACCAUUCAUGACAGACGAGAAUUUGCAAAAUUUGAAGAGGAGAGAGCAAAGGCCAAGUGGGACACGGCGCAUAAUCCUCUCUAUAAAGGAGCCACUUCAACAUUCACCAAUAUAACUUACCGCGGGAACAAUGAGUAAUGACAAGAUUAACCUGGGAAUGCUCUGCCAAUGCUCCCACUACCUCCACAUUUUAUAAAACUUUUUAGCCAUGCCCACUGUGAAAGGGGUGGAGUUGCAAUGCACACAUGCUACCACCAAUCAGGUUUAUGGGCUUGAGCCUUAUUGUAUUGCCUUAUAUUUAAGAACCUCAUGCUCCAGCAGCCCUAAUAUUUAGUAUUCUCUCUGCUUUGUAAGUGAAGACAGAAUGCAAGCAUUUGUUGCAGCACAGGAGAUUCAGAUUAUAAACCCCAUAAUUAAAUUUUUAAUUAUACCAUCUCUAAAGGGGCAGACACCAUGCUCCAUAGUUCUGUCUGUGUCACAAGACGGGAGGAAGGAUAGAAUCUUUGUAACCUGAAGUGGCAUCAGCUGGGACCAAGGAUGUUAUGAUAUUCUAUCAUAUACUUCUGAACACCUGCAACUGAAAGGCGGCACACAAAAGAGCCUAUAUAGCUACUUGAAGUGUAUAUCACCCUCUGCUGCCUGACAGUAAAAUACAACGCAGUGGCAACACUCUGUACAAGGCACCACUUUAUUUACUGCUUUACAAGAUCAGUACUACUGGUAAUCAGAAUACUCAGCUCCCCAAUAGGUACAUAUUGGUAAAUUUUUUUUUUUAGAAAAGCUAAAUAAGUGUUUUCCUGUAAAAUCACCAUUACAAUCUAUGGGAUUUUUUUUAUAUACAGGUAUGUCCACCAAGUAUUGGGAGCAUGUCCUCAAAUAAGACCAGCCUGUGCCUACAAAUUACACUUUUUAUCUACAUGCUACUGUCCUUCACAGCCUAGCUGAUACUCUAUCUUGUUUUAUAUAAUUCUACCUUAAGAACUGUUACUAUCUGAGAAUUAAUUUACAAUCUCAGUUAAUACAUUUUUCCACAUUCUCACCACACCACCCAAGGAAUGAUCCCAUUUAGCUUUACAAAUUUUAGGUGUCACUGUAAGCAAAAUGUUACUGUAAUGUAUAAACAAUUUUUAUAUUUACAUGUUGUAAGAAACAUGUUGCGGGGCAGGUGUCUUUUAUUGGUUUCUGCUGCCCUCUGGUGGAUUUUCACUAAAACGUAUCACCACUUUAAAUUGUGUAUAUUCAGGUGUAAAUGUUAUUAUGUUUGUUUAGACAGUUUGCUGGGGUGAUGUGGUUUUGCGGGGAAAAAAUAUUUUGCUUAAAAAAAAAGAUAUUUUUUUAAAUAAGUGUUUUACUUUUCAUUUAGAAUAGUGAAUUCUAGGCACUUCUUUAUAUAAUUCUAGCAUAGCUAGGAUUUAUCUGCCAACAUAAAUGACGAAAUGUAAGAACAGACAGUCAUUCCCGAAAAUGUUGUAGAAGUGUUAUCAGUAAAACAUAAGGAAAGAAAAUUGA